AUGGAGGACGAAGCACUUUCGACCCCUCUGUCGCCACGUACCGGUCCUGCCCUCGUGCUGACCCGAACCCGAUCCCAGGAGGCCGUCUACGCCUCCGCUGCUCCGCCGUUUGCCCAGUAUCCUCCCGACAUGGCUGUUCAGCAGCUGCGUCACCAGGUGGGCCAAGCUGUGGACGCACAGGCGUCGCGUAUCGACACUGUGCAACAAGCUGUUGGGGGCCAAGGCCAACACACUUACGGACAGUUGAUGUCACUCCAUCAACAGCAACAGAUGCAGGACAAUGCCCACAUGGAACUCAACCAGCGACUGAUGGCUGAGCUGGCAUUGCAGCGUGACCAGCAGAACCAACUGAUGGCUCAGCUGGAAGCCCAGCAUCGUACCACUGAGAACCACGACCAAGGGCUACGAGCGGCUGCUGCAUCAUCGAUUGUACAAGCGGAAGCGCUGGAAGACAUGCGGCGACGUACCAGCGCCAGGUGGCAUGCGUUUACGGCGACCCCAGCCCCUCAAACUGUCCAAGCCCCGGCGACUGUUGGUGUGCAUAUGGUGUACGAAUUUCAAGAGGUGCCCAAAGCCCCGACGUUUAAUGGAAGCACGAAGGUGCAGAAGCGUCGGUUCAUGGACCAGUGUGAAGCGUACAUGCAUGCCUCUCAGCAGCUGUAUCGACCCGCUGGCGGGGAACGCAAAGCGUUUUGGGAAAUUGGCAAGCCGAGCCAUGAACUAAACGAUGAAGACUGGCAUGAUUAUUUCCUGAGUGCCCGAAACGGUGACCCAGUGGACAUGACUAAGCUCAACCUAGCUAUGGGGAAGCUUAAGAUGGACGGGUCUAUCAUCUCAGCCGAAUCGCGAGUCUCCAAGCUGGUGAGCGACUUUGAAGCUGCGCUUGUCCGUCUAAACAUGGAAGGUUUCGCCGAGACCGAACCCAAGCUGACUGUGGAUUCCCUGAUGGCGGCCAUCACGCCACUUGCUAAGCGUGUGCGCGAACUAUUGAAGCUUCACGAGAACCGUGCGUACAAGAAUGAUGCACGAUCUUUCAAGAAUUGGCUUGCGGAAUACAUGCGGCCCCUUCCAGGCUUUCCUUCUUUCUUGGUUUCGGCCCAUAUGACCUUGGCUCGGUCCAUCAACAGGCGAGCCUCACCACUUGCCACUUUGAAAACAGUUGAGCCGAAUGAAACGACGGCCAUCCUGUGUGCUGCGAGAGUUGUGUGUACCGCCAACCAAGUGGUAGCGAUGGACGCCUCAUUCGACAGUGGAGCGGACCAAAUUGUGAUCCCGCCAAGGACGCUAAAGCGGCUGCAAGACGCCGGGCGUGUGAUGGUGGCGACAGAAUUGCCCGCACCUAUUUCGGUGCGUGGGUUCGUUGGUCCAAGCCACACAGUGACCCAGGAAGUCAAGCUGACGCUCAAGUUCGAGACAGAUGUCGGUCCGCUGGUACUAGCUAACGUCAAGUGCUGGCUCUCUUCUGGUGACCUGCCGUCUGGUGUUGGAGACAUCCUGCUGAGCCGUCCCAUAAUGUACAAACUUGGCUACGACCCACAGUCCAUGCUACGUGAUGCGGCCUCGGAAGAGGCUCUGGUGCCCAUGGAACUGGCCGCAUGUUUCCCUGACAUGACACCUGUGGACCCCGCUGGGGAACAAGCCAAUGUUCAGGUUGUUUUGGAUGCCAUGGUGGCUGGAGCCAUGGUAGCAGGCUGUGGCACUGAGUAUGCCCUGGGUCUAUCCAAGCUCUUGGCCAAGUAUGUGGACGUGUUCCGGCUUACGCUUGGCCACGAUCCGCCCGUGGACAUGCCCCCCUUAAAGAUGCAUCCCACCAGGGUCUCCAAUCCAGUUCGCUGCAAGGCGAGGCGCUACUCUCUCCCUCAACGCGAGUUCAUGCAUAAGCAUGUGGAAGAGCUGGAGAAGGCUGGUUUCAUCUAUCGAAACCCUACCAGCCGAUGGGCGUGUGCACCCUUGAUCGUACGCAAGCCCCAUUCCAAGGAUGAGUUCCGUAUGACGGUGGACCUGCGCCCUGUCAACAGCCAGACGGAGCAGAUUGCCUGGCCGAUGCCCAUGUUGGAAAUUGUUGUGGGCCAUUUGCGUGGCGCCACGUGCUUUUUCAUGUUGGACUUCUUCAAAGGCUAA